UCGAGAGUCAGAUGCUCACCCGACUGAGCCACCCAGGUGCCCCAAGAUCAUUCUCUUUGGCCAGGGGCCAUCCUGUGUGUGCAUUGUAAGGUGUUUAUCAGCAUUCCUGGCCUCCACCCACUAGAGGCCAGUGGUACCCCAGCAUCCAGCUGUGAUGGCCAAAGUGUCUUCAGACAUUGUCAGAUUGUCUCUUGAGGGACAGGAUUGCCUUGGGUGACAACUGUUACCCUAAAACAUUACAGCAGUCUUCUGAGGUGGGUACACAGUGAGUAACCGAUAAAGCCACCCGAACCCUCUGCCUCCAGAGUCCAUCUCUGCCCAUAGUGUUAUGUGGCUUUGACUGUGGCUGUGACCCCUGGCCCUGUCCUCUGAGAGUCCAGCACAGCUCCGGGCCUGCUCCACCCCCUGGCUCCCAUCCCCCAGGCUAACCAGCCCCAUGACCAGACUUCCCACCUGGUUGUCCCCCCAAGCCAGGAGGGGAUCCCCCGUUGUCUGUAACAGGAUAAAGAAUUUAUUUCUGACAGAUCGAAAGGCUUUGGAAUGGUCAUCCUGGGGAAAACAGUCUGAACUUCUUUGCCCUUUCUUCAGUUUCCUUAUGGUUCGCUGUGGUUUUAGCUUUGGAACUCACUGAGAGGAGGGCGAUGUCUCCUUACAGCUUCAGGCUUCUCAGUGUCUGGCCUGGCUCCUGCCUGAACCCAGCCAGUCAUGCCUCUCCUCCAGCUGCCAGCAUCUGCCUUAGUUUCCCCAGAUGAGCCUGCAAUUAAGGUCGGAGGCUUUGAUCUAAUCUCCUGUGGCUUUUUAAAAUUUUUUCUUUGACAGAUAUUACCUGGGUGUCCAGUAUGCACAAUGCCAUUUGGCCCUGUGGAGGCAGUGGAGAGCCAACGGCCAGCUGUGAUUCCUCCCAUCUGUCUGCCCACUUGCCCAGAUCAGUCACCCACCCACCCACUGACCCAGACACAGUAUGCUGCCUGUCACGGAGCACCUGCUGUACCUCCUGGGACUGGAGAAGACCGCCUUCCGCUUGUAUGCGGUGUCUGCACUCGUCCUGUCCCUGCUCUUCUUCCUCUGCCGCCUGCUGAUACAGCUCCUGAGGUUCUCCUGGCGUUGCUACAUCACCUGCCGCCGGCUGAGCUGCUUCCCCCAGCCACCCCGGCGCAACUGGCUGCUGGGCCACCUGGGCAUGUAUCUUCCAAAUGAGACAGGCCUCCAAGAUGAGAAGAAGGUGCUGGACAACAUGCAUCAUGUGAUCCUGGUGUGGAUUGGCCCCAUUUUGCCGCUGUUGGUUCUGGUGCAUCCUGACUACAUCAAGCCCGUAGUGGGUGCCUCAGCUGCCAUUGCCCCCAAGGAUGACCUUUUCUACGGUUUCCUGAAACCUUGGCUGGGAGAUGGGCUGCUGCUUAGCAAAGGUGAGAAGUGGAGCCGGCACCGCCGCCUGCUGACCCCCGCCUUUCACUUCGACAUCCUGAAGCCCUACAUGAAGAUCUUCAACCAGUGCACUGACAUCAUGCAUGCUAAAUGGCGGCGCCUGGCGGAGGGCCCAGUGGUCUCCCUUGACAUGUUUGAGCACAUCAGCCUCAUGACCCUGGACAGUCUUCAGAAAUGUGUCUUCAGCCACAACAGCAACUGCCAGGAGAAGAUGAGCGAUUACAUCUCGGCCAUCAUCGAGCUGAGCGCACUCGUGGUCCAGCGCCAAUACCGCGUGCACCACCACAUCGACCUCAUCUACUACCUCACGGCAGACGGGCGGCGUUUCCGGCAGGCCUGUGACACCGUGCACCGCUUCACCACGGAGGUCAUCCAGGAGCGGAGGCGGGCACUGCACCAGCAGGGGGCCGAGGCCUGGCUUAAGGGCAAACAGGGCAAGACCUUGGACUUCAUCGAUGUGCUGCUCCUGGCCAAGGAUGAAGACGGGAAGGAACUGUCAGAUGAGGACAUCCGAGCUGAGGCGGACACCUUUAUGUUUGAAGGUCAUGACACAACAUCCAGUGGCCUGUCAUGGGUGCUGUUCAACUUGGCCAAGUAUCCAGAGUACCAGGAGAAGUGCCGGGAAGAGAUCCGGGAGGUCAUGCAAGGCCGGGAGCUGGAGGAGCUGGAGUGGGACGACCUGACCCAGCUGCCUUUCACCACUAUGUGCAUCAAGGAGAGCCUACGCCAGUUCCCACCCGUGACCCUGGUCUCCCGCCGCUGCACGGAGGACAUCAAGCUUCCAGAUGGGCGCGUCAUCCCCAAAGGAAUUAUCUGCCUGGUCAGCAUCUACGGGACCCACCACAACCCCACAGUGUGGCCUGACUCCAAGGUGUACAACCCCUAUCGCUUUGACCCGGACAACCCACAGCAGCGCUCCCCACUGGCCUAUGUGCCCUUCUCCGCAGGACCCAGAAACUGCAUCGGACAGAGCUUUGCCAUGGCCGAGAUGCGCGUGGCCGUGGCGCUGACGCUGUUGCGUUUCCGCCUGAGUGUGGACCGAACGCGCAAGGUGCGGCGGAAGCCUGAGCUCAUCUUGCGCACGGAGAACGGCAUCUGGCUCAACGUGGAGCCACUGCCUCCGCGGGCCUGAUCGCUGGCGCUUCCCUGCGGAUCCCGGGGGGGCCCAAGCCCUGCCCAAAGAGGCCCAGGCCCCGCCCCCGAGGGACCAGACCCCGCCCCCAGGGCCCUGAGGGCAGAGACCACGCCCCUCGAAGACCCGGUUGGGCUCCUGGAAGACCAGGCUCCUCCACUGAGCAGUAUGAAGGUGCAGGCCACGCCCCUCAUGGCAAGGCUCCGCCUCCUGACGGUCUGGUCCUCCCCCUUGAGGUCCAGGUCAGGUCCCCUGAGUGCCUGCUUUCCUGCUUGAGGGACCAGGCUCAGCCGCAUCUCUUCGGGCCCAGACCCACCCCCAGGAUCCAGAGCACUCGGGCCUUCAGGCCCCACCCACCCAACCAUCUGAGGACCCUAGACCUGACACCUAAGGCCUCUGGGAUUCAGGACCUGUCCCCCGUGGAUCCCGGCUGGCUUUUAAGUUGAGGACUUGAGAGCUGGAGCCUAAAGUAAGAGCCCUGGACCUGGACGUCAGCUUCUUGAGGUCCCCAGCUCAUGUGGGCGAACUCCUCUGGCAUCAGGCUGCAUCCCAGGGCUCAGGGUGUGUGCUUCUGUUGAUGUUUUGUAAAUCCAGACCUUCCCUGGAAAGCCUCUUCCUUCCUCCUUUGCUGAAAGGCCCUUUGCUGAGUGUUCUUAUUUUUGUAGAAUAAAAGCGAGGGAUGCAAACACGCCCCCCCACCGUCUACUCCCUAGCUCAGCCAGACACUUCCCUUGGGCUCCAGGAAGGAAAUGAAGGUGCCUGGACAGCUGGGAGGCAACUGAGGGAAGCUAUGGGCUAGGAGGCUGGGAAGCCAUUUGUCCUCGGACAUGAACUCAGGCUUUUGGGGACAGUUUGUGCAUUCAUUUAUCUCAUCAACAGACCACAUAUUAAUUAAGUGUUUGUUGGCACUGGGCCCGGAGCACAGCCGGGCCCAAUUCCUGCCAUCGGGAGAACAGGAGACAGAUGUUGAACAAAUAAUUCCACACGUAAAUUUAUUUACAAUCCGUGACAAGUGCUCCAAAAGAGAGGCCCUUGUUGCUCUGUGACACAACAGGGGGGUGGCUCAGGGAGAGCUUCUCUGAUGCUGAAGUGAGGGUACAAGUUGAGUGGUGACAAGGAGAGAAGAGCAUGUCAGGUGGGAGGGACAGCAUCUGCAGAUGUCCCCAGGUAAGGAAGAACAUGGUGUGCCCGAGGAGCACCACUCCAGAGAGGCUGGAUCCAGAGGAAGGGUGCAGACUGGAGGAAAGUCGGGCAGGGGCCAACUGCCCAGGAACUGCGGGCUACAUCUCAGUUCAAGCCUUAUGCUGAAGGCAAUAGGGAGCUAUAGAAGGUGUGUGAGCAGGAGCAUGACAGGAUCUGGUCAGAUAUGAGCUGGCAGGAUGGUGGCUUGGAAGGGGGGAACACUGGGGAAUGGAAACCUGGGGAAGAGGGAGACUGAGGUCCAGGCAGGACAGGAGGGGGGACUACCUAGCCACAGGAGCUGUGGUGAGGGAGGAGUUAAGGGUGAUUUCCAAGUCUUUGGCUGGGGGAACAGGUGAUGGUGUAGUCCCUGAAAUGAUAAAGAAGAUGGGGCAGUGACAAGGUCUACAGUAACCAUAUUAACUCAUCAAAUAUUUAUUGAGCAUCUGCUGUAAGCCAGGUGGUAUUUGAGCCCUUACAUAAUUGACCUUUGUUGGGUGUGGGGGGAGGUUAA